UAAUUACCCCAGUUUAAUUCGUCUUUAGCCUACGAUAUUACAUUUUUGCAUCAUAUAUAGCGGGCAUCGAGACUAGAAUAUAUUUUACUGCCUGAAUUACUUUUUAUUCUACGAAAUGCAACACAUAUUUUUUAAUGCGGUUUCAACAAUCAUUGUCACAUUGUUUAAUUUGUAUAUUGCUGGUGAACGGGACUAAAGCUAGACGUUGAUUUGUCCUCGAGCUCAAUGCAGACAGGACUUGACAAGGCCUAGGUUACGUCCACAAAGCCGAAAUCGAGCCUCGGGGGCUGUGGGAAACAGCGACAUCAGUGGCGCGCAAGAGAGCUCAAAAGACCCAACAUCCUCACUUUUGCGCCUAAGGUGGCUAAACACAAAAGAUCGGCUUUAUGGUGGCACUGCCGCACAACCAAAGGGAAUUUAUCUGUACCUAAAAGGCAUUGUGGUUGUGCUAACUCGACCGUGUUAACAAACACCCCUGUGCCGUUUACAGCCUCAAAGUGGCAUGUUGUUUCCGUCUCUUUUUCUUUCUUGAGUAGUGGUGUUUCCUGCUGUAAAAGGAAAAUCGUCCGGCAUGUCCUUCUGGUAAUUAGUGGACCUCUUAGCAGUGUGAACAUGCAAAUAAAGAAUUAUAUUUGUAUAUAUAUAUUCAUUUUUUUACUGAAUGCUCACAGGUACAGAGAUGAUCAGAAUGGAUACAGGAGGAUUUUAUAAUUUUGCAUAUAAAUAAUAUUUUUGUUAUGCUUUAAAUACGACGUUGUUGUCUAUUCCUGCAUUUUGUUUGACGUAGGAUACCCAUUAGAGUUUCUAUUUUUAUUACGUUUAUUAGGCUACAUUUUCCUAAUAGGUAUGAUGAGAUUAUAGGUUAUAAAGUUAGUGUUUUCCCCUUUUCCCUUUUCCCUGUUCAUGAAACACUAACUCAUCGUUUUUUCUUGAGAGUCCUAUGAUUUUAUAACUAAUGUCAAUUCUCCUAAAUUAAUUUUGUUUUGCGUGUGCUGAAAAAUAUCUUGUACUUUUGCGUUUUAAAACAAUUUUUGUGUACAUGAAACGUCAAAAAUUCCUUUAUUGGACGGUGAUUGUUGCAUUGAACACAUUGUAAAUUACUGUGUAUUAGUAUUCAUUGUAUCGCUAUUUUGUCAAUUCUGUAGUUUGUAAAAAUGGUGUAUAAGUUUUAAGUCAAAAUAGUCAGAUACAAUUUUGGCUUGGUUGACGUUUUUGUCCGUUCUAUUAAGCAGAAGAAAUAUAAUAAAAGAUACAUUAAAUGAAAUGUAUGUUUAGCUGAAUGUAACAUAUAUUAUAUUAUACGUAUUCAGUCUAUCAUUUGUUAAAUUAGUGAUAUAUAUAGGACAUUGUUUACUUACAUGGAUAAAUGCUUUUUUACUACAGCCUGCAUUUGUGUAUUGUUUUAUAUAAUUUAUCCAUAUUGCAACAAAGUUAAACAAUAAAAAUAAAAGCUGGACAAUCGAUAGCCGCACGUCUAUUAAGCUUAUUUUUUUCUGUUCAUACUGUUUAUCAUUACGGUAUCAAUCUCAUUCAUACUGAACAUUUUAAAAUAAAAAAAGAAAUGGAAAUGACUGAAAACCAAGUAAGGGAAUUACUGAUAUGGACGACGUUAUCUGACCUUGUUAAUUACCCCUUUUAAACCAGAUGACGUGCAUAGAAAUAUCUGUACUAAUUUUAAUUUCAUGGUUACAUUGUUAAAGAUAAAUUCGCAAACAUUACAGAAAACACUAGCUUGAAGCACAAAACAAGCCAUUCCUAAAAAAAUGAUUUUAAUACAGGGUGUCAACGGAUUAUAUAAUUUUUCUUUUUAUUUUCAUAAAUUCUAUUUUGCAGUAUUCUGCAGAACGGUCAGAAUAAGUCAAUUCGAGGGAUUUCAUCAAUAUUUUGCUUUGAAAGACAUAAUCUGUUCAGAGAAAAGUUAUUUUAAAUGGAAUUUUAUGUGGACAUAGAUGUGCGCAUUAAUUUUCAUAAUUUCACAUUUGACAGUUGUAGUUACAGGAAAGAAUUGUAUAAUUAGGGUAAAGCAAUCUUUAUUUCUAUUGAUUUAUUUUUUGUCCUCUUCUAAUGGUCACGUGCGCACCUCAGCCAAUCAAAUGGCAGUCUGCUCCUAACUUAUUAGCUGACCGGAGCUUUGUGAGGGGGUGCCUCUCCAUUUCCACAGAUUGUUAUUUUGCGAGCGUGUUACUGUAUGUGUGUGUUAGUGUUUUUAUGUGUGUGUGUGUGCAUGAAAGUGCGACCCCGCCAUGUCGACAUCCGGCGCUCUGACAGGAUACUACGUUGACUCGCUUAUUUUACCGGAGAACGAGGAGACUCGCUUCUCCUCAGGCUCAGCGCUCAUCCCGCACGCCAGGCCCUCUGUUAUACCCACAGACCACACAGAGCUCGGUCCCUGCACAUUUCCAUCAAAGCAACCUGUGUAUGGUGGCGCAGGUUGGGGCCACAUCCAAACGCAUUUUUCCAGUGGUGUGCCUCUAGUGUACCAGCCGCAUACGCAUCCUCCUGUAGUUGGGGAUUACGUGCAGUCUUGGCUGUUGGACUCGCCUUGUGGACUGCCUCUCACUGAACCACCGGUGGUCCACAAUAACUACCAUUCCAAACCUGAUACACAUAGAACAAAUUAUGAUGGCGCACAGGCCAGUUCGCAUGGUGUGCCUUCUUCUGUGGACUUCACUAACGGCGGAUGUCCUGCCGAGACAGAGACGGUGUCUGGGCAGGCUGCUGAAAGGGACUCCGAGAUUGACGAGAAACCGGUCGUUGAUCCAGACAACCCUGUGUCCAACUGGCUUCACGCGAGCUCUUCGCGUAAAAAACGAUGCCCUUAUACUAAGCACCAGAUCCUCGAGCUGGAGAAAGAGUUUUUAUUUAACACUUACCUCACGCGCGACCGCAGGUACGAGGUCGCCCGUCUUCUGAACCUUACGGAGAGGCAGGUCAAAAUUUGGUUCCAAAACCGCAGGAUGAAGAGGAAAAAAUUUAACAAGGACGGAACGAAGGACGAGCGAGAGUAAAACACUUCGUGUAGGUGAGGAUGAGGAACGAUCCAUCCAUUUGCUGGAAUUAUGUCGUUGGGAUUUUACAUAUACUUGUGUCAUUCCUUCAAACAAGAUAUAAUUGUCCAUUGUUUUAAAGCAUGCAAGGGUCUAGUCUUUGGAUUGGGCUAAAUGACUGUCAUAUGUGAUUCUUGCUGAUUUAAACAUUCGUUAAUUCACAGCCUUCUAUGAGCUCUGUAUUUCAUUUGAUUCCAAUUUUAUUAGAAAUGACUAUGGAGCUAUAUGUGAUAUUCCACUUAGAUAGUAGCCUAGCAUACCAGUAUGUGUUUCGGACGUCUUAUUAAUAGUUUUCUUUCGUUUUGUAGCAGUUUCUUAAUUGUUUUCAUGUGGGGGAGACUGGGCCCCUGUUUAUGUAAAGUUUAUACACGUAGGGGUUUAUGUGGCCACGGCCCUUUUUACAGUCAUGACAAAAUCUAACAAAUGAUAAAUUAUGACAAAUAGUAUAAUACAUUGCGUAAAAUAACACUACCUAUAUACCUAUAUAUUACUUUUUAAGUCGUUAAAAAUGUUCACGCCAUAUCAGCCGAUAUAGUAUUAUAAAAGACAAACAGGGACAAGUUAAAAUAGUUAUGAAACUGUAGUAGCACUGUAGGCAACUUUACGAAUACCUCAUGGUCAAUUGACCGCCACGAAUAUGUUUUGAUUAUGAAACUUCUCAGAUGUAAUUUGUGAUUUAUUUAUUGAAUAAU